AUGGGUGUCAUGAUAAGGUAUCUGCUCAUGACCUUAGUGUUCUAUGAAGAACUACUACUACUCUUUGGAUCCGCUUUCAUGGGUGCCCAUGCCUCUUUGUCUAACUACUUUGAUCAACCUCCAUCCAACCACUUCUAUCCUAAAUAUUUGAAGGUGGUUUCCCGGAAAAAGCGCACACCACCACCACCAGCCCCUACUCCGAAUGGACCACUUCGUCAUAUGCCAAAGCCGAGACUGAAGCCGACGUUGCAGCCGCCGCCACCACCACCACCAGCCCCUACUAGGAAUUUACCACAACAACAGCAUGUACCUCCAUCUGUACCGAAUCCGAGCCCGAAGCUGUCACCACCACCAUCAACAUCAUCAAGGUUGGAAUCAUCACCGCUGCCACCAGUAUGA